CCGCGCGCUCCCCGCGGAGCAGGUUCCAGAGAUGCUGCGGGUAGGAUGGAUGCUGCUGUGCGCCGCGCUCUGCAGCCUCCUGCUGGGGCGGGCCGAGGCCCCGAGCCCCGGGGUGCCGCCGGAGCAGAGCCGGCCCUACGCGGUGCUGCGGGGGCAGAACCUGGUGUUGAUGGGAACCGUCUUUAGCAUUCUCCUGGUGGCCGUCAUCGUCAUGGCACUGUGUGUCUACAAGCCCAUCCGUCGCCGGUGACGGCCGCAUGGAAGCCCUGCUCCGAGUUUCUGGGACAGAAGUGUUGCACGCGGGCCCUGGACACGGUGGACUCAGAACUCCUGGGCAGGCAGUAAAUGCUAGAGGGUUAGGAAAGCGGCUAGCAGGAGUUGUUUGUCUCUCGUCAGUUACUGGCUGCUGAUUCGCAUCUUUUCGUUUGGCUGUGCUGGUUAACAUUAAAGCCUGAAGCUCCAGCGUUCCUUGUGAAGACAUGCCCAUCACAGAGUGUCCAGGUUAAGCAGCUGAGACUAAUCACUAAUGCUUGGAAGAGGAAGAGGAAGGCUUAACAUGUAGACCUCCCCUGCUCCCAGCCUUUUAGUCAGUGUGUCAAUCAUAUGGUGUGUGUGUGUGUGUGUGUGUGUGUGUGUGUCGGCAGUGAGAUGGCUCAGCAGGCACAGGCACUCACCACCGAGGCCGACUUUGAUUCCUGGAUAGAACUUGGUAGAAGGAGAGGACCGCCCGUGACUUGUCCCCUGACCUCCACACGAGAAUAAGUAAAGAAAAUCACACAGCACACUCACUCCACUGCGCUGCCCUCGGACGCCCUGGUUGGGGAACAGUGCUGAGUCAUCAUUCCUUGCUGCGUUGGCGCUGAGCCAGUGUUGCAUCCUAGGUCUGGGAUCCUGUCUCACCCUACCCUACCCCCACCCUGCCGCCCCUCGGCCUGGAAGGUUCUGGGCAGCUCAGACCUAUAGAUGUCCUCGUUGUGACAGAUGGCGACCUGAGACUUCGUCUCCCCUUCUCCCUAGGGGUAGAGGGUUCAGCUGUGUGUCCCGUGCAAGAUGCUAUGUUUACAAGACCUCUUUCUGCUUCCCAAGUGCUGCUACUGAACUAGAUUUCCCACUGCUACUCUGUUGUAGAGGUUAUUAGUAUUUAUUUUAACUUUGCUGUAAAGUUGUUGCUGUGCUUGUAUUUUCUCCUCAAACGCAACAAUCAUCUUGUGUUUUAACUUAACAGCCUGCACUAAUGUGAACACCUCCCAACUGUGGGGCCACGUCUGGAACCUUGUAACCCUGAGCCAUUAAAUGUCAGUUAAAUCGAGGAGAAGCCCUGUCUGCUGUUCUGCGCCUCUUACAUUCCCGGGGGAUACACGGGUCAGGCACAGGUGUCUCAGGGGUCAUAGCACCGGCUGCUCUUGGAGAGAACCCAGGUUUGCUUCCCAGUACUCACGUGGUGACUUGCAACUACCAAUGGCUCCAGUUCCAGGGGAUC